AUGUCUUCUUUUGUCAAUACAUCCUUAUUAUCAUCUCCUCUCAACCAGGCCCCAGGAGCUGCCGCUGCUACCGCUGUCUCCGGAGGGAUCACUAUCAACAUCAACCCCAAUUCCAACCGAAAUGGCGGUGACAGCAACAGUCAUCAUUCUUCUAAGAAGAAGAAGAAGAACAAGAGAAAGAACAAGAGAAAGAACAGGAGAAAGAACAAGAGAUCCACUCUUCCACACCAACGCACCGACCCGCUCCCCCGCCCACCUUCAUUCCUGCCUUCUCGUCCUCCACUUCCUUCACAGGGUCCUCGUGGGUUUGGGUCUGGGUUUGGGUUUGGGUCUGGGUUUGGGUCUGUAUUUGGACAGCAGAGGCCCGCCCAUCUGCCGUUUCGACCCGGGUGGCUGAGUAGACGUGAUCGUUGGGUGGAUGCUCGGGUGGGACAUCGUGUGGAGAGGGAAGAAGGUCAAGGUCAAGGUCGGGAGGUUGUGGGCUGGGAGGUAGAUCGACAGGAAGCAUGGCGAUGCCAGGGUGAGACGCAGACACAGACACAGACACAGACACAGACACAGACAUGGGUGGUUGCUCGCCAGAAGGAGGAGGCCGAGGAGGAGAAUCCCCGGAUGAUAAAGAUUGAGGAUGAGGAUGAGGAUGGGAAUGAGAAUAAGAAUAUGAAUACGAGCGAGUGCAAGAACGAGACCGUGGAGGAUGAGGAAUUUGAAGAAGAAUAUGAAGAAGAUGAUAGAUGGUACCCUUGA